AGAACUACUGGGCUACUCGUGUUCUCACCUGUACUUUUAUGGUCCUGUGUCUUUAAGGCGCCUGGCUGCUUCUCGCUUUGUGUAGAGGGAAGAGUCACGCCAUCGAGACAGAACAUGCCUUAAUUCUGAAAAGUUGAUGAAAAAUAAAAGAAUAGUCGACAAUCUCAUUGGGAAGCGAGGAAUAAACGUUUCACUUUGAAAGGUUGGGUUUGAUUCGUUCUCGCCGGAAUGAAGUCUACCCAGACGCAACUGUUUCUCCUCACCGGGCUUCUCUGUCUGUUGUCAGGACUCUCACUUGUCACCGCCUGUAAUAAAGCGUUGUGUGCGAGCGAUGUCAGCAAGUGUCUGAUUCAGGAGUUGUGUCAGUGUCGGCCUACGGAGGGGAACUGCUCGUGUUGCAAGGAGUGUAUGCUCUGUCUGGGCACCCUAUGGGAGGAGUGCUGCGACUGUGUGGGCAUGUGCAACCCCAAGAACUACAGUGACACGCCGGCCACGUCCAAGAGCACGGUGGAGGAGCUGUACCGGCCCAUCCCCUCGCUGUUCCGCGCGCUGACGGAGGGCGAGGCGCCCAUCAACAUGAUGGUGGUCUCCUUCCCCGUGGCCGAGGAGCUCUCCUACCACGACAACCUGGUCUCCUUCCUGGAAACCAUGGAGGACCAGCACCAGAACGUCUCGCUGCCCGGCAACAGCAUACACGCCACCUACGACACCAGCCAAGCCAACAACAUGUGCACUGUGGUGUACUUCGACGACUGUGUGUCGAUCCGCCAGUGCAAGCAGUACUGUGAGUCCAUGGGGGGCUCCAAGUACCGCUGGUUUCACAACGCCUGCUGCGAGUGUAUUGGGCCAGAAUGUCUAGACUAUGGCAGCAAAGCUGUGAAGUGCAUGAACUGCCUCUUCUAAUGGUUGUGAUUGACGGAAGCUACUUUGGGGUGGGAGGGUGUUGUUAUUGUUGGUGCCACCAGGAGGCAGUGUUUUGGAAAAAAAACAGGGAUGAGUGUUGGCAGAUGGGCUGCCAUGUAAAAAAAAACAUUAUUCGACAAUAUUGUGAUGAUGGAAAAUAUUAGCCCUUAUUUUAAUGUUUUUAUUUUUGUUUCUGUUGUUGUUUUAAUGUAUACGAAUAACGCUCACACUACAUCUUAGGCCUAGCAAAUAUAUGGACUAUUUUUUGUCUUAACUCCCAUGAAUGUAGAUGUUAGUCUACCGCUUCUCCACCAUUUGGUACAUGGUACAGCAUCUCAGCUCACGUUAUACCAAAUAAACCAUUUUGAGGUAAAUAUAUGCAAAGAGAGGUUGGUUAUAUUUGCAAUUAAGCUUUUUUGUUGUUAAAAGACCUUGUCGCUACUUAGUCUAAACAGUUAAUCACAUUCCAGAUGUUUUUAUUGUCAUUAUUACUAAAAUGCACAUCAUGUUUUUAUCAUGUAAACUAUUAAGAGAAUGUAUUUCAUUGGCUAAAAAUGUUGGUACUUGGAGAAGGAAAAAAAAUCUCAAAUACAAACCCUACCAUGUUGUAUUAUUUCUUUGAGGUGAAGUUUAUACCAUAAAUCUGUACUGCUACUGGA